GUUAUGACCCUUCAAGUGUGUCAUAGUGAGACUAAGUGUCUUUUUUUUCAGCAUAAGCAGCUCCGUGUCUUUCUUUGUAUUUGUGAAUUUACACAAAGUGAAGAAGAUGAACUCCAGACUCUCGCCGCUGAUCCUGCUGCUGCUCAUUCCAGGCCCUGUAACAUUAGACCAGCUCUCUGUGAGCUGUAGUCAAAAGAGUAUUUGUGCUCUGAAGGAGACAGAAGUGACACUGCAGUGCUCUUAUGACUACAACAGCAACAUCACAACUGUGUUCUGGUUCAGCGAGAAACAAAGUACAAACUGGAGAAAAAACAAUGAACCUGAAGAUUUGACUUUAGACUCAGAUUACUCAGGACGAGUGAAACAUCAGAUCUCAAGCAGCUCUUCAACACUCACAAUAUCAGACGUGAGAGAGAGAGACUCUGGAGAAUAUCAGCUCAUGUUCAUCAUGAAGGAUGGAGUUAAACUUCUCAGCUCAGCAGCCGUCAGUCUAACAGUCACAGUCCUGCAGGUGAGGAUGGAUCCUGCAUCUACAGACCUGACAGAUCAGACAGUUAAACUGAGCUGUGAUGCUUCCUGUGAUUUCACCUCUCGAGUCUGGUAUGACUGGAUGAAGGAUAGAAAGCAUUUGAUAUAUACACAGUCCCCGGACAUGUCCGUGUCAGUCAGCAGAGAUGCCGGCAGCUUUUCCUGUUCUCUUUAUUCACAUCAUACACAUCCCUCCUCUUCUGUUUUGUCUCUUUCAGGUGUUUCUCAGAGGGGCUGCUGGGAUGUGACUUACACCUCUAGAAGAGUCUGUGCUUCGGUGGGCUCAACAGUAGACAUUUCCAGCACAUACUCACAUCCCUCUGGUUUUACUGUAAAUAAAACAUUCUGGCAUUACGUUCAGCCUGGAGACUUCAAGGAUCUGCGUGAGGAGCAUCAGUUUGCUGGUCGUGUGGAGUAUGUGGGGAACAAACUGAGAAUCAAAGAUCUCAAGAUCAGUGACUCUGGAGAAUAUCAAUUCAGGAUCAUUACUGACUUAAACGGCACAUACUCUGCAUCACCAGGAGUCAUUCUUACUGUUACAGAUACGCAGGUGACAAGUAACCCAGACACUGUUUUAGGAGGAGAAAAAGUCAUAUUAAUCUGUUCAACUAAAUGCACUCUGAACGACGAGCAUACUUACAUCUGGUACAAGAACGGACGACAGGUAACAGAUGGAUUCACUAAAGCCAACAAGCUGUACCUGGACUCAGUCAGCAAUGAAGAGUUUCGACAGUAUUCCUGUGCUGUAGAAGUGAACAGCACAGCGUUCAGCCAUUAUACAGUCACUCUGCUGGUGUUUUUGCCUCAGUUUCUCAUAAUAGCGCCUCUGUGGAUGUGGUAUUUCAUCAGAAUCUCUUUUCAUAACCAAACUGAAAACAAAAAAUGAAGAGAUUCUGAUGCUCCAGAUGUCUUCAUCUACGUCUGCUGUCUGUCCAUCAGAGCUUCCAUUGUGUUCCUCCAUUGUGACACCAUCACCUAGCAACAGUCAGAAAUGUCAACAGCAUCAUCAGAGAUACAGUGAAGCCAAAGACAGUGACAUAUCAAUGACUGUCCAGUCUGCAUAAAUGAACAAAACUAAAACAAAACGAUUGUCCAGGUUUUAUACUUCAGCAGAUUAACUUUAACCAUAGUGAUGGCUAUUACUGUGGGAAAAGAAUUCAAGGUAACACUUUAGAAUACUGUUUCAUCAUUAAUAACUACACAGGAACACAGGAGUAACGCAAUAUUAGCACUCUAGUAACUACUAUUAACUAACAAGAAACUCUGGUUCAUGUAUUAGUAAGUAAUAGUGUUUGAUCGACUGUGGUAGUUCACUAUAUUAGCUAAUCAGUAACUACGGUUUAUUUUUUUUCAUAUGCCUCACAGAGAACUACUAAGAACUACUGUAUACAGGCUCAUAAUUAAUAUGAAUAAUGCAUAAUGUAUAAUUAAUUCUUAAGUAAAGGUCAUGGUAACCCACUAGUAAUGACUCAGUUAUUUCCAAAUAAAGGAAUUACUAAUUAUUUGGAUCAGUGUCCUAAAGUGAAUAACAUGAUAACUCUCUAGUGAAGAUUGAAAUCAUUCGUUUUUGAUGGUUUUGUAAAGUAUUGGAUAGUAAUUAUUCAAGUGUUACUACAUCCUUCAAGAGGAAUUACUAAUUAUUUGGAUCAGUAUUCUAAUAGUCAGUAUUGGAUCAGUAUUAGCUAAUAGUGAACUGCCACUUUCAGUGCUAUCACAAUACGUAAAGGCAAAGACAAUAAGCAACUUUAUUUUAAAGAGUUUCUUUUAGACAAAAAGAAGGAAAUAACACCAGCAGCGUCAACGUAUCUUUUAAAACAGGCAGUAGAAACGGCAGCUAACAUCAGAGAGCCUGUAACACAACAGCAUGUAAUGUAUGUACAGUAAUAUUUUCAUUUCAAUUAAGCUUUACAUUAAAAUGACACAUCAAUGACUGUCUGUUUUGCAUAAUCUAAUGCUCAGAUUUAUUUAUAGUACAAGUCUUUCUUCAGAAUUCAUACUGUGUAGUAGCAAUUAUUAUUAUUAUUUUUACCAUUGAAAUGAGAAGCACUAUUUUCAUUCUAUUGUUAUUCUGUAAAGAUUAUGAAAGGAUCCAACUUAAAUGAAGGGGUGAAACCUGCACGGAUUAUAAUGAUAUUAUUGGUUCUUUAUUUUGGUAAUAUUGCGCACUCUCAUAUUUUAUAAUUCAGUAGAAUUACCCGACAGUGCCUGUCUGUAGUCAAAUGGAUGUUGAUUGGCUCUCAGUGUUUUUAUAGUUCAUCAGCUGAAAAAAACAAAACAGUCUGGAAGUGAUCACAACCGUUUUUACAAUUUUAUGGUUACAAUUAUUAUUUUUGGUGUGAACAGGCCUUUUGUGUGGAAAAAACAAACAAAAC